AAUACCUCCUCAGCGGUAGGUGGCGCCAGAUAAAUAUAAAUAACAGAGGAGGAGAGUGACAACCUGAAAAGUGAAAAGGAUGUGUUGUUAAAUUUCUCUGGGCAAGAUGUCGGGCCAUGAUCAACUGGUCCUCUGUUUGUGUGAAUUAACAAGGUUGCUGUGGAAGUUGCUGCUGCCCCUGCUGUUUCUGUGUGUGCUGCUGAUUGCUGUCCUGGUCCUGCUGGUACUGGCGGUGCGUUUCUGGCUUCAAAGCAGCAGGAACGCUCGGCGGGCGAGGGACGGCCGUCCCACAGUGGCCUUCUUCCACCCCUACUGCAAUGCUGGUGGUGGGGGAGAGAGGGUGCUCUGGUGUGCUAUCAGGGCACUACAGAACAGGUACAGGGACAUCAACUUUGUGGUGUACACAGGGGACUUGGGUGUGACGGGCCAGCAAAUUCUAGAAGGGGCACGGCGUCGUUUCAACAUCAUGCUCCCCCGGCCGGUUCAGUUUGUGUUCCUGAGGCACCGGCUGCUUGUGGAGCCCGGCCUGUUUCCUCAUUUCACCCUGCUGGGCCAGAGCGUGGGCUCCGUCUUCCUGGGAUGGGAGGCGCUGACGGAGUUUGUCCCCGACCUUUACAUCGACUCCAUGGGCUACGCCUUCACUCUCCCCCUGUUCCGCUACUUGGGAGGCUGCAGCGUGGGGAGUUACGUUCACUACCCCACCAUCAGCACUGACAUGCUGUCUGUAGUGAGAGAGAGGAACCCCAGGUUCAACAACCCAGACUACGUCUCCAACAGUCUAUUCCUGAGUGCCUUCAAGGUGGUCUACUACUGCCUGUUCGCCCUGCUCUAUGGCAUGGCCGGCUCCUGCAGCGACCUAAUCAUGGUCAACUCCUCCUGGACGCUUGAUCAUAUCCUGUCACUGUGGCAUGCUCCCAACCGCACCAACGUGGUCUACCCACCCUGCGACGUCAGUGCAUUCAUGGAUGUCCCAUUGGAGGAGGACGGGGACAGGAAGUGCCACUCGAUCAUCUCUGUCGGGCAGUUCAGGCCAGAGAAGGACCACCGGCUGCAGAUCAGGGCUUUCAAGAAGGUGUUAGACAGGAGGAGGGAGGGGGCGGCAGGCAGGGAGGCACUGAAGCUGGUUCUGAUUGGUGGAUGCAGAAACCAGGAAGACGAGGAUAGGGUGCUUAUGUUGAGGGGGCUGUGCCAGGAGCUGGGUGUGGCCGACAGGGUGGAGUUUAAACUGAACGUACCCUUCGAGGAGCUGAAGAGAGAGAUGGGGGAAGCCACCAUCGGACUGCACACCAUGUGGAAUGAACACUUUGGAAUAGGCAUCGUGGAGUGUAUGGCAGCAGGGAAGGUCAUUCUGGCGCACAAGUCCGGCGGUCCCAAGCUGGACAUUGUCGUACCUUUCGAGGGAGGCCAGACAGGCUUCCUGGCUGAUGACGAGGACAGUUACGCGGAGGCCAUAGAGCGGAUCCUGGCACUGCCGCCCGCCAGCCGGCUGCAGAUCAGACGCAACGCACGUCAGUCCGCGGCUCGCUUCUCAGAUCAGGAGUUUGAAGCCUGCUUCCUUGCUGCUAUGGAGCCUCUGAUGGGAACACUUGAACGAUGAGAAGAAAAGUCAUUCUUUGUGUGCGUGUGUAGCUAACGUGAUAGUAGCUAUUUGACACGUUGAGCACCUUUACUUUGAUGCACUUAGGGCUACACCGUAGGACUGGUGACAAAAUUCGAUUAUAACUGAUGCAGAGGUCACUCACAUGCUCACACAGAAGGCUGUUGAAAUUGCUAACACAUGCUGAGAUUGUACUUAGUUGUUGGCUCCCCAGUCAAAGCAUAGUAUACUUGGAUGUGGCCUAAAACCAGAAAAAAAAGCAGUGUAUAUUGGAAUCAGAAAACUCCCAAUUGUGAAAAAUGUAUCAUCACUGUGGUAUCCUCAUAUGGUUAGAGCAAAUCCAGCUACAGAAAAUUGUGUAGUUCUGUUAGAGUUGUAUUUGUAAAUAUUUUGUGAAAUGACAGUUCAAGUUCUUUUUACAGCAUUUUUUACAGGACACAUUCCUUUGUCAGUAGUGUCAGUUUAAUUAAAAAGAGAUGUAUUAUAUUUAAUAUGGUGAAAACGGCUGAAGGGGAACAAAUGAGUCUUUUAGAAUAAUGUGCUGAAAAAUGUAAUGUGACUAAAGAUACUAAACAGAAACAUAUUUAUUGUUUACAAGUACUAGAAUGCUCUACAUGCCCAAAAUGUGAAGUAUUUUUGAUAUUGCUGAUGAAUGUAAUAAAGAUGAUGGUAGUAAGGGA